AUGGAAAAAGUUGCACUAAAGCCAAAUAUUUUGCCCUAUUUUCGGUAUUAUGUGAAUUUGAUAGGCGCUGAAGGAAGAGACUUGAGGAGAAGCGAUGUUUACAUCGGUGGGUUCAUGAAAAAGUUCCUGGUGAGUGCCUUGCAAGCUUGUUUAUGCUUUCCCAACAAUUAAAAGUAAAGUUAACACAGUCACGUUAACCGGUGAACUCUCGUUUAUAUCUUCUUGUUGGAAAACGAUCUCAUUUUUAGCUUACGUCAAAUCGACUGCUACACAAAUUUUUGAGACGUUCAUUUACUGACUGUAGGAUGGUAUUGGCAGAACGAUCAUGUUACGCCCUAUCUCCAGAUAGCCGGAGAUGGCACGUGGACGAUGUACGAACAUUGAUCUCAUUACAUGCCAUAUGUAAAACAACCUCCAAAGUCAUCCAUAUCUCGCGAGAACCUAGCGUAAUGAACGUUGACAACCGACUGAUUCAGGCUAUUUACAACGCGGCUAGUAGGUUUACAAGUCUGUAAAUAAACUAGUUGUUUCUAUUAGAGCUGAAUCUGCAGCUUCAUAUUGAUGAGUCCUUACGAUCAAGGCUCAUUGACCAAGUUCUUGCUGAUAAUGAUGUUCAAAUGGCUGGAUCAUCAACAAGCCAGCCAGUUGAGGCGGUUAUUGCGUAUGGUUUACGGCCUAUGAGCCAAGUGAGUAAGAUGGAUGAAGAACCUUACUCAAGAAUUUCAAUAAGGCGUAGAGGGAAUGCGGAAGAGCAAGCUGAACAUUUGGGAAAUCAAUUGGAUCAUGGUCAUCAAAGAACAGAGGAGCUUUGUGAGUCUUUUGAAUUUGGACAGGGUGGGCCAAAAAAAAAUGUACAAAAAUCGAUUUUUUGCUUGCCAUCUUGCUGAUUGAGUGGUACUAUUCCCAAAAUGCGCUUAGUAUAUUCAUCGUAGAGUAGUAAACACCGUAUGGGGGUAAUUAGUUUCAAAAUGUUCACUACUUUGGUAGAGCAUCGAUUUUCCGAAUCGAUUUUCCCUGGCCGAGUGUCUAACUUCUGGUCACUGGUUCUUCAUUUUCCGAAAAGCUUGGGUUAAAUCCUUUUAAAGCCUAAGGGGGCAUGUCUCCUAGAUUUGCGCAGACCGCUUGGUAUGUCUUUACAGCGACCCUAAAAAAUUUAGGGGUAAGAACUUUUGAAAUUUUUGCCGCGGGAAUUGGCGCGCUGACCCGGUGACCUUCCUGCAACUGUAUGUUAGAAACUUCUGCAGAUAGGAAAAAAAUUCUACAGUAAAUAUGUUACCUUAACACAGUACUUUCAUCCCAUAUGUACCUUUUUUCACACACUGUUUCAUGGAAGGAAGAAUCGAAGAAAAAUUAAUGUCCAUUUUUUUGGCCCACCCUGUAAAGUGCUAUUGCGAUGCUGAGAUUCUAAUGAAACUUGGCACAAAUUUUUAAUAAUUUUUUAUAAGCCGUGUGACAGAUAAUGGCCGUUUUAGACGCCGUCGACAUUUUGCCCCACAAAACGGUCAGCUUGAAUAUGGAAGGUUUCAAUUUCCUGUCUCUACUGCAAUACUUGCCGUAAGUAAAGAGCCAUAAAUCCCCUAUGCCGUUCAGGCUUCCUCCACUACCUCAUUUGCGAUACAUCACAGCCGGCUUCAAACUUCUGGACCUGCAUCCCAAUGAUAUCCCUGUCGUGUACGGCCAACUCUUGUCCGAGAUCCGCACCGCUACCGGCGGCUGCGAUAUUUUUCUCUCCAACAAAACGUCAUUGUAUUCGACGGCCUACAAACGUCAGGAACCCGUGCUGAAAAGGUUGAUAGAGGCAUUCAAGGCGUUUUACGAAUUUUCAAAGGCAGAUGUCAAGUCGAAAUUUGAGCAACUUCAUUGCCAGUUAAAAAUUUAUUUGCCGACUGAAGAAACCAAAUGCAUCAACAGCUGGCUGAAGUUGAUGAACACGAUUACAACAUGUUAUGUGUUGGAAACACGGAGCGAUAAGUGGUCAUUCCAGGCAAAGCUGAAAGAUCCGCAUGCGGAGUUCAAGGCAAGAAAAACUAUAUCUUUAUGGGUCUGUCGGGAAAAUAAUGAGGACGCUGCCGCUCUGGCCAACCGCUGAAAAGAAUAGCAAUUUAGUGUGCCGCGGUACAAUUAAUUUCAUUGAUAACGAUAUGAUUUUCAAUGCGACAGAUUGCUCAUUAUUUUCCCGACAGAAUGAUGCUUAUGUAGAUUUGCAACAACUUUAAUUUCAGGCUUCCGGUGAACGUUAUUCACUGAACAUGAUGGUCCACUUUUCCGACAAUGUUGUCACGCAACUUCACGGACGUGAUUUUGCUAUGAUUGAGUAG